GCAGUUUAGUUCAUCAAUAUACGCAUUGGCGAUAUUAGUUAGGCAACUUAUUUUUUUCCUUUGUUUUAGCAGUCAUUUCACUUUUAUUCUCAUAGAAAUAGCUAAUUGGCGGACUCUCCAAAUCCCAACUCAAAUAUUACAUUAACUUUGUUUUCCCCUCCUUAUUGUUCAAUGUCUCUGUCAUUUUAUGUACUUUUUUUCCUAUAUAUUUUCCCAAUAGUGAGUUGAGUUAAAGAAAAACAGUCCCAUAAGCAAAGUUUCUGUGUUUGAAAAAAUGACUAGUAUUACUGGUACUUGUUCUUCUGCUUUAAUUUUGAAGCAGAGAGAAUCAGGAACUUAUUUGUUUCAAUACAAUGGGCUUAGAGCAAUUGAAAGUAUGCAAAUGCCAGUGGAGUCUAAUUCCUGGAAACCAAAAGCUGUAAAAUGUGGAAGAAUCAAGGCCAUGGCUUCAGCUCCCAAAAGAGAAAAGGACCCAAAGAAAAGGAUUGUCAUAAGUGGAAUGGGCCUUGUUUCAGUCUUUGGAAGUGAUAUCGACAAUUUCUAUAAUAAACUUCUCGAGGGACAGAGUGGAAUCACUUUGAUCGACAGAUUUGAUGCCUCAAAUUACUCUGUUAGGUUUGCAGGACAGAUUCGUGAUUUCUCAUCCGUAGGCUACAUAGACGGGAAGAAUGAUCGUCGUCUAGAUGAUUGUUGGAGGUAUUGUCUCGUUGCUGGCAAGAAAGCCCUUAAUGAUGCCAAUCUUGGUCAAGAAGUUCUUGAAACUAUGGACAAAACAAGAAUCGGUGUCUUAGUUGGGACCGGGAUGGGAGGAUUAACAGCUUUCAGCAGUGGAGUGGAAUCCUUAGUUCAGAAAGGAUACAAGAAAAUCAGUCCAUUUUUCAUCCCUUACUCUAUCACCAAUAUGGGAUCAGCAUUGUUAGCUAUAGAUACAGGACUAAUGGGACCUAAUUACUCCAUUUCAACGGCUUGUGCAACCGCAAACUACUGCUUCUAUGCGGCUGCAAAUCACAUUAGAAGGGGUGAAGCAGAUAUUAUGGUAGCAGGUGGGACGGAAGCUGCAAUCAUGCCUACUGGUGUUGGCGGCUUCAUAGCUUGUCGUGCCUUAUCUCAAAGAAAUGACGAACCACACAAGGCGUCAAGGCCGUGGGACAAGAAUCGUGAUGGUUUUGUCAUGGGCGAAGGUUCUGGUGUCCUGGUAAUGGAAAGUCUGGAGCACGCGUUGAAAAGAGGUGCUAAUAUUAUAGCAGAAUACUUGGGAGGUGCUGUCACUUGUGAUGCUCAUCACAUGACUGAUCCUCGUUCCGAUGGGCUUGGGGUUUCAUCUUGCAUAACCAAAAGUUUGGAAGAUUCGGGCGUUUCCCUUGAAGAGGUGAAUUACAUUAAUGCACAUGCAACAUCAACCCUUGCUGGAGAUUUGGCAGAGGUCAAUGCGAUCAAGAAAGUCUUUAAGGAUACUUCAGAGAUUAAGAUGAACGGAACAAAGUCAAUGAUUGGGCAUGGACUCGGGGCUGCUGGUGGACUAGAAGCGAUUGCAACGAUCAAAGCAAUAACAACAGGGUGGCUACAUCCAACUAUUAACCAAUAUGAUUUGGAACCUCAGGUUACAAUUGACACUGUACCGAAUGUGAAGAAACAACAUGAAGUGAAUGUUGGUAUUUCCAACUCAUUUGGAUUUGGAGGUCAUAAUUCAGUGGUUGUUUUCGCGCCUUACAACCCUUAAACAAAGUUAUAGACUUUUUUUCAUGGUUAUAUAGAGGCUUAUAUUGGGAAAACUCACAAUUUCCCGGCUAUGGUUAAUUAGUUCUUUCUCUAUUUUUAUUCAAAAUCUAUGUUAUGAGAUCAUAUUGUUUGAAGCUUUGAGCUUUUGAUGAAUCAUGUUUUUCAGUUUUA